GGAAAAGCGCCAUAUUGGAUUUCACGUUUAUUACUUGAUCGCCGUGGCUAAUGAAAACAGAUAAUUUCACGUUGACAUGCCUUACGCAAACCAACCCAGUGUAAAAAUUCUGGAGCUUACAGAAGAAAAUGUGAAGUUUGUGAUCGAAAAUACAGACUUAAGGUAUGAAUAAGAACAUUUUGAUCGACUUCUUUAUCACGGUACUCAUGUUAAAGACGUUCCAAAAGUAAAAGGCAGCCUGUCACCCAGCUCCCUAAGUUUUUGAGCUAAUUCUCCUAACUUAUCAGUAAUCAUCUUUGGUAAAAUUUCCGCACAGCCUCAUCCUACGUUAUGCAUUCAGUUCUUGGAUAGAGAAAACAGUACAUUGCCAUUGGGAAAACAGAUUUGUUUUACAGUAGUAUGGGGCUGUGCGGAAAUUUUACCAAAUCACCACUGAAAAGACUGUGGUAUAUGUAAUACAGAAAUCAGCACAAAAUAAAUGGAGUUUGUUAUUGUGAUUAUAAACACCUCAAGCUGGAAAACAAACUUUUGAGCUCAAGAUUGCAAAAAUUUAUGAAACAGGCAGAAAUUGGAAGUAAAUGUAUCACCAAAAGGACUGUUUAUGGUGAUUUUGUGAUUUAGGAUCAGAACUCAGUUACAUUUUGUCGAAAACUCAAAAGUUCUUUUUGUUUUGCAUUAAUUACAUGCUCUGGUUAUAUGACCAGGAGCUGGUCAAAAUUUUCAAACAACUCAAUUACCAGCAGUUGGAUACUUUUCUGAAAAUUUGACAAAUUGAGAGAUCUUAUACAAUCCAAACUAUCAUAUGUUGUUGAGGAAUUGCUAAGUGAUCUUGAGAGGUUUUAUGAAUCUCAUACUUUUCUCAGAGUACAGAGCCUUGGAUGUUGACACUUCUGAAAUUGAGGUCCACUGCUGGUCAUGAUUUUUAAAUAAGUAACUGACUGGUGGUCACAAUUUUGAAAGAACCUAUACAAUCCAAAAACUCUCUGUCAAUGAGGAACUACUUAGCAAUCUUGAGGAAAUUUAGAAAACUCAUGUCUAAAGCUCAGUUUACGCUGACUCAGAAUACUUAGAAAUUGCAUUACUUCGACUGGCAGUCACUGUUCUCAAAUAACUAAAUGACCUACACAAUCCAAAAUACUCUCUGUCAAAGGGGAACUGGGAAGUGAUUUUGAGGAGAUUCCCAUAUUUUAAGUCUGAUGCUCGGUUUACGCUGAGGUAGAAUACUUAGAAAUUGCAUGACAUUGACUGCCAGUCACAGUUCUCAAAUAACUAAAUAACAGGAAGUCGUUAGUUUUUCCAAAACCAAGAGAGCCUAUACGAUCCAAACUACUCUAAUAUUGACCAGGAACUGCUAAGAAAUCCUUAGAAGAUUUAUAAAUCUCAUGUCUGAGAGCAUUAACUUAUUAUUGUAUAUUUAUUUAAGACAUACAAAUCUGAAUUUGUGGAAUUAUUGUAGCAGUUAUAGAUGCAGCAAUAGUCCACCAUUCCUUAAGUUUCGCAUUUAAAUUUGUUAUGGCUACGAAUGUUGUGUACCCAUUUCAGACCAUGUGGCCAAUCUAUGAUAUAUGAGUCUAGAAAGGUCUAUUAUACACAAUGUAACUACAGGAAGUCCCUGGAGCAGCUAAAGGGUGCAUUCCAGUUAUUUUAUUCAUUUGCUUCUUUUUUCCCCCAUUUUCUCUUUUUCAGCAUGGCUAAUGGCCUACGAAGGAUAUUUAUUGCUGAAACUCCAACUAUAGGUUACUCUUUAACUUUCUUGUUAAUUAUUAGUUAUUUUUGCCUAGUUUCAGGGUUCUAGUCUCCACUAGCUUAAAAAGUCCAACUUAAAAUGAGAGGAAACUUGAUUUUUCUGAACAUUUAACUCUCCUCACUGUAAAAUGCUUCUAUAUUGUAGAACAUGUACGUACAAGACAUUACCAUUACCAUUACCAUUACUAUUACCACUAACCACACCCACAAGAGAUUGAAAUAGAGGCUUGAUACAUAUAUGUAAUCAGCACUCUGUACAUGUAUAUCAAGCCCUUAAUUUAUUCAUUCUGUCAAUGGUUUUCAGUGCAGUUAUUAGCCUAGCUGAUCUUUUGUUUGCUUGCAAGAGAAAUUCCAUAUAUCAAACACUUUCAACUGGGCUAUUUAAAACCAUUUUUUAUACAAAGUUGACCUUCUAAUCAUCUCUUUUCAGCCAUAGACUGGGUACAAAUUGACAACAACACUUCUGUGCUACAUGAUGAGUUUAUUGCCCACAGAUUAGGUAGGUGUGUAAAUACAGUGUGUAUAUGCACAUUUUUGCUGUCAGUUUUGUGCCUUUAUCUUGUAUUUGCAUUUUAAAUUAUCAAGUAUUGAACACCAGGCCCUGGUUUUUCAAAGGUCAGAUAUUGCUAUCCACUGGAUAAAUCUCUAUCUGGUGGAUAUUAGGCUAUACAGUUUGCUAUCACUUUUCCGUUUGAUAUAUAAUGAUUUAUCAAUUGGAUAGUGUUAUCCACCCUUAAUAUAACUAGGCCCAGGAUUUUACUAGGUGCAAAUACAAAAUAUGCUUCUUGGAUAAGAUACUCUACUGUAACAACAUGUAGACAAACAGUCAAUGACAAGAAAGUGCAACCUGUUUCAAUUAGCCCAUUCUUCUGUAUCUAAUACUCAACAUGUGGUUUUGGUGACCCUAAGACCGCUUUGUCUUAGGGAUAAGUCAUGAUAACCUAUCCCAUCCAGUUUUGCUGAUGAACCGUUCAAGGGAAUGACUUUCUCUGGAUUACUUUGAGGGACUUACAUGAUCCCUACUAAUUUUUGCACAGUUUUUUACAUGAGGUAACUUUUCCAUCAGGUCUUAUUCCUUUGACCAGUGAUGAAAGUGUGGAUAGAUUGUGCUACUCCAGAGUAAGUGUAUCUUGAACACUGUUGCUAGAAACAUGAGGAAGUUUUGAAAAGAAGGCUUCAGUUGACAAAAGUUUAGGCAUGAAAGAGAUUUGCAUUGUUGACCCUUUAACUCCCAUGAGUGACCAAGAGCAAAUUUCUCCCUAUAAAGUCCAUUCAUUUUAAAGCAGAAAAGCAAUGAGAUUAAAAAAAUAUAUAUAAAUUAGGGGAUUACUAGUUGAUUCAAUAUCAAAUUCUCAGAACUAACAUUAUCAGAAUUCAAUGGCAGACAGUAAGGAGAAUCACUAAAUUAAAUGUAAUAUUGGGAGUGAAAAGGUUGAACCCUGCAAUGAUACUGGUGCAGUGCUCCCAUAAGCAAAUUCCCCAAGUCUGCUGGGAGCUGAGGUACAAUUUGUAUAAUGGUUAGGUUUAUUUUGUAGUUUACAACUAUUCUCUGAACACUUUUUGACUUCACCCAUUGCAUGUCAGUGUUAUAUCAAAGUACAUUAAUCUGACCAGACUGUGAUUUCUUUUGUAAAAGGAUUGCACAUGUGAGGAGUUCUGUCCAGAUUGUUCUGUUGAACUGAAACUGGAAGUAAAAUGCACAGAUGAUCAAACACGACAUGUGACAACCAGAGACCUCGCAUCUUCAGAUCCAAAAGUUAUUCCAGUGAGUUAUGCAGUUUUAAAUUGAAUUAGCUUUUUUCCAUGGGCUAAGUGCAUGAUUCCAUAUAGUAGUAAUUAUGUGUUAUUCAUGAUACAGGGUAUGUAUCCAUCUAGAAUUUAGCCACAAGAAUAAUUUAAUUUCCAAGUUAACAGAGCAACUGAAUUGAUGACAGAAAGAAGCAAACAUUACCUCCUUAAUUUGUGAAGGUGUUUUCUCUUUUCCUGUAGCAGCCAUCUUUGAUAAUGUUCAACCCAACUUAGAGGAUUUGCUUCAUUUCAGAAAAAAUUGUAUCAUAUUUGGAAUGUUCUUUUAGUGUCCACAAUUAGCUAAUAUAUAUGUACCUAAAUACUCUGACACUUAAAAAGGUUAUUCAUUCAUUCAUUUACUCUUUGCAUCUGUUUGUAUAGGUUACAUCACGGCACCAUGAAGAUGAAAACAGUGACUAUGGUGAACAGGAUGGUAAGUGCUUGGUAGUUUUUUUGAUCAAUCCUCACAUUUAUUUUACAGGAUCCCCAUGGGUAAGACACAUCGCGCUACUGAUUCAGGGGUGUCUAUCCAUUUAGAAUUUAGCCAAAAAAAUAAUAUAAUUUUCGAGUUGACAGUUAGAGCAACAUAAUUGAUCACAGAAAGAAACAAACAUUUCCUCCUUAAUUUGUGAACAAUUCAAGGUGUUUCCUCUUUUCCUGUAACAGCCAUCUUUGAUAUGUUCAACCCAACUUAGAGGAUUUUCUUCAAUUUAGCCAGAUGUUCACAUUUUGUUUUCCUCCGAUGUCCCAGCCUUUCAAAGUUGAUUUAUAUACUGCAGAUAAAAACAUUUCACAUGGAAUUUAAAGCCAUUUGAGCCUGGAUGUUGUGUUGUAGAGUUACUAAUUUUUGUGGUUCCCACCACUUUUCAGACAUUUUGAUUGUUAAGCUACGUAAAGGACAGGUAAGAUGUCUCUAAUGCUCAGGUGAACACCUUAGGUUUUUGAUGGGAAAUGUGCCACAAAGUUUACAUUUAUUUUACAAACCAUAAUGCAAGCAGCCACUGUACAACCAUGUGCUUUUUAUUAAAUAUUUUUUUAAUUUGAAAUUCAAGUUUUAAAGGCAUUUAGCACCUGUACCUUUGAUUGACGUUCAUUUACAUGUACCUUUCUCUCUCAAAAUUAUUUACAGGAGCUCAAGUUGCGAGCUUUUGCCAAAAAGGUAAAUUACAUCUUCCAUCUAUGUUUUGUUACAUGAUUAGAUUAGUGUAUGCUGUUCCUACAUCUGAAUUCGCUGUGAUAUUGUUAGGGAUUUGCAAAGGAACAUGCCAAAUGGAACCCCACAGCAGGUGUGGCAUUUGAGUAUGACCCUGACAAUGCCCUAAGACAUACAACGUACCCAAGACCAGAGGAAUGGUAAAUUUGUUUCAUCUUAAUUUGCUUCUUUGUUUCAGUAAAACUUUUGAAUAGCAAGUCUGACCAAUCUUACAUUAGCCUGUGUGUAGCUGUACCCUCCCCCACCCCCAAGGUGAAAUGGAAGGGACAGGACGUCUCUAAUCCUUGGCAGGGAGGGGGGGGGGAGGUACAGCUACACGUAGGCUAAUUUAAGAUUGGUCAGACUUGCUAUUCAAAAGUGGUAUAAUUUUUUUUAGAAAUUCUUCAGCAUUCCUCUUCCCAUCAUUUUAAUUGAUUUUCAUGUAGAUUUCUCAACAUUAUAUCUUAGGCCAAAGAGUGAAUACACAGAACUGGAUGAAGAUAGCCGUAAGUAGAUAGUUUACCUAAAUUACCAAACUAAGGUGUGACCAGACAAUUAAAACUUUGGAGCAGUUUCCAGGGUAUAGUAUAAUGUGAAAGUUAUACUUGGAUCAACUUGGAACAACAAACUCUACUUGUGAAAGGAUACAUGUACUUAAAAACUGAAAUUGUUAGAUGGUGACAAAAGUUCUCUGUUUGUUUUUUUCAGAUCAAGCACCAUUUGAUCCAAAUGCUAAAGCAGACAGAUUUUAUAUAAAUGUUGAGGUAAGAUAAAGAAUUGAAGGGAUUUUUUUGGUUUUUAUUUCUUUUCUAAAUUCCAUUUUAAACCUCUUUGUUUUACUUUGUUUCAUUUUGUUUAAUUUGUUUUUCUAUAUUCAAUUUUUAAUUUAGUUUAUAUAUAUUUAUCGACAUAAAAUACCUAGACAUACAGCAAUACCAUUACUAGCACAACAUACAUGUAACGUAAAUAAUGAGAACGUACAAAACUAGUUUAGCUUACACUGCUACAGUGUAACUUUGAUAUGUAUCUUGUGUUAGUGAUGCAAAGUCUAAGUGUCAAGACACUUUACUUACUCAAAUACAGAAAUAAUUGUUUGCAUAACAUUUGAUUAACAUUAAAAAAAUAUUAUAAUAAAAGCAUCAUGCACAAAAUGAAAGAAUAGUUGAAAUAAUUGUAGUAAUUAUAACAUUAAUAAUGAUGAUACUGAUAAAACUAAAUACCAGCAUGAAAAAAAAGCCAUAGCAGGCAAGAUCUUUGCAUUUGUAAGCUAUCAUUUAGAUAGUUUACAUUUAUGUCAAGUGUAAACACUUUGUAAGAUGCUAAGCUGUAUCAAGCAUUUGGAAACUUUUUAUUUUCAAUCUAGAACAAGUCUUAUGUUGCUGUUCUGUAUUUUGUAGUCCUGUGGCUCAUUAAGACCUGAGACUAUCGUGUUGAGUGGGCUGUCUGUGCUCAAGAAAAAGCUGAGUGAUCUCCAGACUCAACACAGCCAUGAAGUAGCUGCUGAUGUCUUAACCAUAUAAGGACUGACACCCAGUGCAAUGUUGCUGUAGUUAUUUAUUUUAUAAUAGAAAACUCAUUUUGUAAUGAAAAGAUUUGAUAGCCACUUGAAGUAAUGUGUUCUUAUCAACAGAAACAACCAUGUUUCACUAAAAUUUUUCAGAGGUUUAAUUCAGCGGAAUGGUGAUUUUUGUGUUCUUUUCGUCAUAUGAUAACGGAUAUUUCUCCAGGCCAAACCACUCCUGUUCAUUCG